CUUCAAUGGCUCCCCAGUACGCACCCAGCCUGCGUUCUCGUCUGGCUCCUCUGCUGCUCUUUAUUCAAAUCGGAUUCAUUUUCAUGUUUUAUUUUUGCAUUGAGAUUGACAACAAUAUAAAUGCAAAUGAGACUCCGUUUAGAGAGUUUUAUGCAGAGUACCAGGAUGUGAAUGUGAUGGUGAUCGCAGGUUUUGGCUUUCUGAGCGCCUUUCCAGUACGAUAUAGCUUCAGUUCCUGUGGAUUCAACCUCCUAGUCGCUGCCGUGUCCACUCAGUGGGCGAUCAUUCUCAAUGGUAUUGACUCCUGGUUCUAUAGAGGAAAGAUUAGAGUCAACUUAAAAAGCUUGGUAGUUGCAGAAAUGUGUGCACUCUCCGCUCUCAUUUCAAUUGGGGCACUUAUGGGGAAAGCCAACCCUGUCCAACUCGUCCUCAUGGGCCUGCUGGAGGUCUCCGGUUUUGUCCUCAAUAAAUGGCUUCUCCAGACUUUGCUUGAAGUACCACUGUUCCACAGCAUCAUGCUGCUCCAUAUAUUCGGCGCAUUCUUCGGGUUAACGGUGACCUGGCUCCUAUACAGACCUGCAUCAGAACAACCAUUGGAGAAGGAGAAGCUGGGGCAGAAAACAGGACUUUUCUCUUUCUUCGGCACCCUGCUCCUUUGGAUGUUUUGGCCCAGUUUUAACUCCAUCCUUGUGGACCACCGUCUUCCUGGAAGGAAACUGAGUGCAGUGUGUGCCACGUACUUGGCUCUCGCUGUCAGUGCGGUGACUUCAGCUGGUGUGUCAAUGCUCUCAAGUCCACAAGGAAAAGUCAAUCCAGUUCAACUACAGUCAUGCAUCUUUGCGGUGGCGUUGGGGAUUUCUUUGCCAGUGGUCCGUGAGCCUUGGGAGGCCAUGACAAUUGGAUUUCUGGCUGCUGCAAUGUCGUCAGCAGGCUACAGCUAUCUAAAGGCGUACAUGGUCUUAGCAUUAAAAUGUCAUGACACCUGUGCUGUGUUGAGCACUCAUGCAGUUCCUGGUCUAUUUGGAUGGAUGGCACAUCUCCUGUUGCAGAUCAGAGACUCUGAUGAUCACACUAUGGCAAUUCGGUUUGCUGUAUUCCACAUCAGUGGCCUGCUCAUUACCAUAGCGAUGAGUUUGGCCAUGGGAGUUAUCACAGGGGUGAUUCUGAAGGCAAACCUGUGGAGACCACCACAGGACAGGAAGUGCUUUGAUGACCAGGCCUAUUGGGUGUUUCCAAACCUUGCAGUCCGCAAGUAAGAAGACAACAUAUGUCCAUGAAAUCCCUGCUUGCACCUAACUAAUGGAAUAAAUAACACAGUUCUUG